UUGUUAAAUUGCUGCGUAUAUCCGCUUAAGUCUGCUCCAUUUAGGCGUCAAGCUUUGUGUCGGUGCUUGUGUAUUACUCAUAUUCAACUCGUGUGUGGGCGUUUUCGUACGUUUUUGGCUUGCAAUUGCGACUAAUAUACCGACGUAUAUAGAAGAAUCUAUGCAAAGUGGUGACAAUAAAUCCCAACGCCCAUAAUUUAGCAAACACGAUUUAGUCAUUUGUACGCCACGGCGAGCCAACGCAAUGACACGCUGGCAGCAGACACUACAAUUGGCCGUCGCUUGCAUUUUAGUGCAAUGCGCUCUCUCUCAAAACUACGAUAAGGAAAAUCGUCGCCUCAUUCUCCAAAUUAAAGACCAAAAAACGACCAACCAACAAUACUAUUCGUCGAAUUUCGAUACCAAUGCCUAUCGUUAUGGCUAUGAUAUCGGUAAGACGGGCAAUUUCCAUCAUGAGACCCGCGGUCCUGAUGGCGUUACCUACGGUUGUUACGGUUACGUCGAUCCCUAUCAUAUGUUACGUGCAACACAUUAUGUUGCCGAUACACACGGUUAUCGUACCGUUGAACCACAAAAACCAGUCGAGGUCUAUCCAGUAUAUGGCGAAAGAGGCCAUGGCGUAAUUUUGCAAUGGGAUGAGCUAUACUUCCCAAUUGGCUGUGGCAAGUUCGAAGGUGGCGCACGGCCAGAAUUUCCAGUAUUACAUUUGGGUGAUAAGAGUAAGCCUAGCGGUUUUACGCCAGGUUUCUCACUUUCUCACACACCGGGUGUGCAGAGCGGUUCAGCCAUUCUCAGCCCUGCUCUCCAUCCUUCACGUUAUGCUGAACGUGAGCGUAUACCCGCACCUUCGGCACAUGUUGUGGCCACAGUGCGACCUGGCGCCAAUGGACCAUAUCCAGGUGAUAAUGGUGGUGGCCAAUACACCGGCGGCAAUGGUCCAUAUAGCGGUGGAAAUGGUCCACACAAUAAUGGCAACGGUCCAUACAGUGGUGGAAAUGGCCCAUAUAAUGGCGGUAGCGGCAGUGGAAGCGGCAGCGGCAGUGGCAAAGGGCCACAGUACCCAGGCGGUUCAUCAGGUUUAGGUGGUAGCGGUAAUGGCGGCUAUGAUGGUGGCAGAGGAAGCGGCAACAAUGGCGGCGGCGGUCGUGGCAGCGGAGGUAGCGGUAGCGGCGGUGCUUACUCGCCCGGACCGCUCGGUGGAGUAGGUCCGGGUGGCCCAGGGGGGCCGGACGCAUUGGGAUAUAUAGAGUCCGGCUCUCCUGGGGGCCCGAAUGUAGCAGGAAAUGGUAAGAGUGAAGGUUUUGAUGGUCGUUAUAAAGGUAUUAAAGAAGGUCAAUAUGUCCCGGACAAUUCGGGCAAAUAUGUUCAUGUUGAAGGUCCAACUGGUCCACCAGCUCAACCCUAUGUGCACAUUGAGGGACCAAGCGGCGGUUUUGGCGGUGAAGGCGGCGUAGGCGGCAAAGGCAAUGGCGGCGGCGUAGGACCAGGCGGCCCAGGCGGUCCAAAGGGACCCGGCGGUCCAAAGGGACCUGGCGGCCCAAAGGGUCCACCCGGCCCACCUGGUCCACCCGGACCACCAGGACCAUUCGGCCCAACUGGACCGGGACCUAAGGGACCAAAUGGCCCACCCGGACCACCCGGCCCACCUGGACCAACACGUCCCGGCCCUCCAGGACCACCCGGACCACCCGGCCCAACUCGUCCCGGCCCAGGCGGACCACCUGGACCACCAGGCCCAACUCGUCCCGGACCACCAGGCCCACCCGGACCAACACGUCCCGGCCCACCCGGACCACCAGGACCAAAUCGUCCAGGCCCACCAGGACCCCAACCACCAUACAAACCAAGUGAUCCAAGAGAAUCAAAUAAGAAUACACCCGGCUAUUUGCCACCCGUCUCAAAAACUGGUAAAAUAACGCAACCCAUACAAUCAUCAUCAUUAGUUUUGGAGGGUGAAAUACCCGCGAAAAACACAUAUACCACCACAAAUACACAAACAUCUUACGUGCCAAAUUAUGGUAGUAAUAAUGAUUAUGCACAAAAGAAGGUCACCACCACCACCACUACCCACACAACCAACACCAAUACCAAUACUAAUACUCAAUUUAAUAAUAAUAUUAAAACAACACCACUAACCAAUGUUCCCCCUUCUUUUCCUCCCUCUCCUCCCAAAACCAUCACCACCACAACCACGACCAACACAAACACGAACACGAAUACGAAUAUACCGAAUGUACCAAAUGUACCGGUUAAUCCGCCAAAUUCCUAUCAACAAAAUAAUAAAUACUUGCCACCCAAUCGUGGACCCAUUACGAACACCUUCAAUCGACAGGAUAUAUCUAUUGAGAAGGAAAAACCGUACAAGACAAUAACCACAACAACUACAACAAACACAAAUACCGGUAAUAAAUAUGAGCACAGCGUCGACAAGAAUACCUAUCCAAAUCAAAUUCAAAAGACAAAUAUCAAUACAGACAGAGAGACAGGACAGAAAAUCACACUAGUAGGCGGUGGUCAGAAGGUAACUACAACAACAUUCGAACAAACACCCGGUGUCUAUACUGGACAGAAGGUAACCACACAAAAGGAAACCAACGUCUAUGGGCAAAUACCCGGUUACCCAGUUGGACAAAAAGUUGUCGAAAAAGUAACAACCACAACAGCGACGAAACAAAACGUACCUAGCUAUCCAACCGGACAGCGGGUCGUUGAGAAAGUGACCACCACAACAACAAAUACCAAUAGAAAUGACGGUUACAAGCCCAGUCCACCAACAAGCGGUCAAAAGAAUGUAGUUACCAAUACCAUUACGAAUUACCAAACGCCACGUCCCGCCUAUCCAACGACCGAAAUAAAUAACGAACGUCUGUGCUCAUGCAAUGCGGAUCGUACGCAUUCAACCCAACAACAACAACAAACUACAAUAGGUACUCAACAAUCAACAACCUCGUCCUUUGGUAAACCAACGUCAGAUAGUAAACUGUAUAAUCAACAACAAUUCACAACACAAACAACAACCGCAUCGGGCGGCCAAACGAUCUUUGGCGGUAUAACAAACUCCAUGUCGUUGUUACAACAAUUGCCGGUGUUUCCACAAGCGCCAGGCUAUGCCGCCUCAUAUGCACCGGACAAGAUACCGAAAGGUGCUGUUAUAGCAUUUAUGCCGGUAAUCAUAUUACCACAAUCAGCUUAUGAACAAUGCGAUAAUAUAGCGAACGAUAGAUACCAACAAAAUGUCGACUCCUUCCCAUUGGGCGUGCAACCAGCACCAAUCCCAUUUAGCUUUAGUCAGAUUACAGGUGGUGCACGUAAAGAUCAAUGCAUGUGCCCAUGCUCUUGCACACAAAACAUACCAGACAGACUACAUAAGAAACGUGAGACGAACGCCAGUGAAGGACUGAACGCAACCGUAGCCGUAGACAACGAGCAAGUGACCGUAGAAGAAGUGAAAGCGAUAGAAGCUACAGAGAUGAACGAACAAGCGGAGACAAAAGUAACGGACAAUAAGAUAGUGGACACGACAGCAGCAAGCACAGAAAAUGUAGACACCACACAGCAAUCGACAUCAGCUGUGGUGGAGACAGCCGAACCGGUAGCGUUGGUUGGCGAAGCGACUGCAGCGACAGUAACGAUAAACGAAGACGUUAAAGUUGAAACUGAAAGCGAAAAGAUCGAAGAUCCGACCACAAGUGUUGUGGUCGAAGAAAAGAAAGACUAAAGCGACGUUAUGACGAACGACGUUACAAUUACAAUACAAUUUGUCAUCUACAUACACACAAAAGAUCAUGCCAAGAAAUCCUCUCCUAUUUAGGGAUGACAAAAUAUCUUAUCUAAGGAUAACACACGUAAUAACGCCGUCCGUUAGCAAAACAAAACAAGUGAACGUCCAACCACAGCAAUCGACAACCAAUCAACGUCCCGUUAUCCUACAUCCUCUCCGCACGCAUCCCAACAUACGCUUGUUGCUUGCUUAGUUAGUUCAGUUGGUGUUCUUUAUUGGACACACUGCUGAUUAAGCAAGCAAUCCCGGUACCGUUCCUGCAUAUGACGUGCCUGGCAGUUGGUCCAUUUCCUAAUGUGUUCCCACCCCCGUCUAAAAGCAACACGCUACAUACUCCCGCUCCCGUCCUUACAUCCUCAACAUUCCGGAAUCCUGCUCCCAAAUACCAAGCGUAGCAAGCAUAUCCCGACAUCCUGUUCCUGAUUCCGUACCGGCUCCAUACGUCCAGUUCCCGAUUUUGUGUUCAUGUCCUUACAAUGUUUAAUUAUAAGCAAAAACAAAAAAAAAAAAGAAACAAUACAUUGUAAGCACUAAAAGAUGUAAGAGUUAACGCAGUAAUGUAGAGAAAGAGAUUGUAAUGAAGUAUAAGAAACAGCAGAAGAAGAUGAAGAUGAUGAAGAAAAGACAAAAAAUACUCUUAGAUAUAUAAUUUAUGUAUAAAAUCGAUGUAAAUGAGAACGCACGAACUUCUACUUCCGUCUUU